AGACACAGAAUGUCGGCAAGAAGCACCACGUUGCAUGGUGGCGUGUUGCCCUUGCAACACAAUCUGACAUGUUGAUGAGAUCCUGAUGGGAAAGGACAAGCAGGAUGAGUGGGAGCUGCUCGAAAGGUUAUCCGUCAAGGAGCUCCGUUUGCAGGCGCUCCGGAAGUGCGUGCCUCUGGCCCAGAUCUCGGCGGCGAUUGAGAAGAGCGACUUGAUCGGCCUCAUCGUGAAAGCCGGGCCGGUGCUGGACCAGUAUGACGUGAGCGUUGGAGCCAAGGUGUGGACCGCGGAGUCCAUCGAGAGCCACCAGCCAGGCAAAGCGAAGAAGGACAAGGAGAAGAAGUCCAAGAAGGAGAAGCCGAAGGAGCCGGAGAAGAAGAAGAAAAAGAAAGGCGACGGCUCUUCCGACGAGGCCCAGGCGCCAAAGAAGAGCAAGAGAGGCCGGCGCAGCCCGAGUUUGACCAUGAUGCUGCCAGCAGAUGCCCCGGAGCAGGUUGCGAACCCCGAGGCGGCAAUGAAGGCACUGCUCCCGCCGGAGCCGCCAGCGCCAGCGCCGAAGGCGCUGCCGGUCAAGGCGAAGGACGAGGCACCAGCAGUCAUCGACGACGACGAUGACGACGAUGCUGUCGCAGUGGUCGGGACGGUUCCACCCCCGGCGCCCGCGCCGGGUGCCAAAGCUGCAGGCAAGCGUCGCAGGCGAGAGCCGGUGGAGGUCAAUGAUGACGAGGAGGAACAGGAGAAGAGGAGGAAGGAGAAGGAGAAGAAGGCAAAGGAGAAGAAGGAGAAGGCAGAGAGGGAGAAGGAGAGAAAAGAGAGGGAGGCUAAGGAGAAGGAGGAGAAGGCGGCUGCCGAGCGCGAGCGCGGCGAGCCGUCCAGCGAGUUGCCCGGCGAAUCGCUUGGCCUGCCGCAGGCUCGUCGCACUGCCAACACGGCGCAGGUGGGCGUGGCGGCGGCGGCGGCCCUGGGCUUCGACGUGCUGCCGAAGCAGUCCAGCUUCACGUCCAACGCGCCGGCGCCAGGGUUGCGACCCUCGGUGAACCCGGCCGCCGCCGCCGCGGCGGCGGGCGCGAAUCCCCAGGGCCACCGCGUCUGUGUGCAGUACCUCUGCUUCACGCGCUGCGACAAGGGCAGCUCCUGCCCCGAGGCGCACAUCAUGGACCCCGAAGAGGAGAUGCGCGUGCGCGCCAAGUUCAAGCUGCAGGAAUGCAACCAGGGCGCGGGCUGCACGCGCACGAGUUGCCUCUUCAGACAUCCUGGCGAAAGGGUGGAGGAGGCCAACCUGGGGCAAGCCAGCAAGGCGCGCUGACACGGAGCUCCGAGCGGGAAGUCUGCUGGCAGCCCUGGCUGGUUCUGCGGUCUCCAGCGCGCCCGCGAAGAGAAGCACGCGUCAGCCACUCCACAUGAAACCUGUGAGGCACAAUCAAACUGGGGGAUGUCCUUCAAGUUCAAUGAUUCUUUUGACA